GCGCCCCCGGGUUCCGUCCUACCGGAGGCAGCGGCAGCGGCAGCAGCGUCUCGGCGAGAUGCACCAGAGCGCCUGAGACCAGACAGACGGGAGGAUCGUCUCCGGCUUCACCUGCACCGGGAUUUACUGCCGCCCAGAUUCCGGAGCUCCCGUCGGAUCCGUGCCCGUCUGAAGCGGGAUCAUCAGAAGUGAGCUGCUGCACUGAAACGGUGGCCUGUGACUGGAUGAGCCCAUCUGUUCACCCAUCCAUUCCUCCAUCCUCCCAUCCCGCCGUCCCUCCGUCAGCCAGAGGAAGGAUCUGAUGACAGGACUGCAGAGAGAGGAGAGACGAGACCACCUGCUAUGGCCAGUGCAGCUGAUGGCGUAGGCAGUCUGGGUGCUGAGCAGAACCACCUGAGCGUCCCCGUCACCGAUCAUGGAGCCUGGGCCACGGCCAUGAACAACCUGGGCAUCAUGCCCGUGGGCAUCAGUGGGCAGCAGCUGGUUUCAGACUCUCUGUGUAUCCAGAGGUUCGACCCUGGGCUGGGCCUCAUCGCACCCAUAAACCCCAUGAUGGCGGGCAUCAGCCUGGUCCCUCCCCCACCCGUACCCCCCGACAUGCCGGUCAUCAAGGAGAUCAUCCACUGCAAGAGCUGCACCCUCUUCCCUCAGAACCCCAACCUGCCCCCUCCGUCGACACGGGAGCGCCCCCCCGGCUGUAAGACAGUGUUUGUCGGAGGUUUGCCAGAGAACGCCACCGAGGAAAUCAUCAGGGAGGUGUUCGACCAGUGCGGGGAGAUCACCGCCAUCCGCAAGAGCAAGAAGAACUUCUGCCACAUCCGCUUCAGCGAGGAGUUCAUGGUGGACAAGGCUAUUUACCUGUCAGGGUAUCGAAUGCGUAUCGGAUCCAGCACUGAUAAAAAGGACUCGGGGAGGAUUCACGUGGACUUCGCCCAGGCCAGAGACGACCUGUAUGAGUGGGAGUGUAAACAGCGCCUACUGGCCAGAGAGGAAAGACACCGCCGCAAGAUCCACGAAGACCGCCUGCGGCCGCCGUCUCCUCCUCCCAUCGUGCACUACUCUGAACAUGAGGCAGCGCUGUUGGCGGAGAGACUGAAAGAUGACCAUAAGUUCAGCGAGGCCACGGCGGUGCUGUUCACCUGGAUCGACCGGGGUGAAGUCAACCGCAGGACCGCCAAUCACUUCUACUCCAUGAUCCAGUCAGCCAACAGCCACGUUCGCCGGCUGAUGAGUGAGAAAGCUCAGCACGAGGAAGAGAUGGAGCGCGCCAAAGAGGCCUUCAAGAACGCCCUGCUGGCCAUAUUAACACAGUUCGAGCAGAUCACCACCGUUUUCACCGCCGCCACCAGGCAAAAGGCAUGGGACCAUUUCUCAAAAGCACAGCGCAAGAACAUAGACAUUUGGCGCAAGCAGUGUGAGGAGCUGAGAAACGCUCACAGCGAGGAGAUCAUGGGCAUCAGACGAGAGGAGGAGAUGGAGAUGUCAGAUGACGAUCUGGACGAAAAUCCCUGUAAGAAGAUGCGCACUGAGGAAAAUGGAGUGUCUGAUCAGACUCAGGCCUCUCUGAGGGAGGAGAACGACUCCCUGCGUUGGCAGCUGGACUCCUACCGGAACGAGGUGGAGCUUCUGAGGAAGGAGCAGAGCAGAGCCGGCCGCCCUGAUGACGACCACGCAGAGACACCCAAGCACCCGCUCUGUCCAGAGGCUCAGAUCCAGCUGCUGCAGCAGAGCAUGCUCAACAUGCAGCAGCAAAUCCUGAGCCUGCAGGAGAAGCUGACGAGUAAGGAAGCUGAGUUGGAGCAGGCGAGAGAGGAACAUCGCUACCUGGAGGGAGAGGUGCUCACCUUUCGAGACAAGGUGUGUACUCCCGAGCUGCUGAACAAUACUGGGGAGGCUGUGGAGGGGACCAAUGGAGAGCUACACGAAAAGGGAAUCAACGGGUGUGUUCCUUCACUCUACCACAGCAGAGAGAGGAGGACCGAGGUCAUCAGGAGAGGAGGGGUCGCAUCAGAAAAAGAGGCCCUGCUUCUGGGUAUUAUAUCGACCUUCCUCCACGUUCAUCCCUUUGGGGCCAACCUUGAGUAUCUGUGGUCGUACAUACAGAGACUGGACUCAAAGGUCUCGGCGGGGGAGCUGGAGCGUCUCAUGGUCCGUCUGCCCAGUAUGUUCAGGCAGGAGCUGAGCGGCGUCGGUGCAACUCUGGAGAAACGAUGGAAGUUCUGCGGUUUUGAAAGCCUCGGUUCGGCGUGACGCAGGGAGAACGCACACGCACGCUGGGAAAACACACCAUCGUGAACGGAUGCACGAGAUGCCUCAGACCUUUGAUCUGUGUGUGUGUGUGCGUUCUUCCGUCCCAAAUCAUGUCAGAUACACAGCGAUGCAUCAGCUGAUGUUCACUCAAGCAGACACUGGAAACUGUGGAAGAGACGGAUGCUCGGACCUGGGAAAGGAGGAAGUCCCAAAGUUCAGUUUGUGAUGGUGAAAUAAUGAGACACACUGACUGGUUUCACCAGAUGUUUAUCACAGUAAACUGCAGCGGGACCUGACACCUCACAGACAGAAUACAUCCGACCCCAAGACACUCGCUCUGAUGCUGUUUUCACUUUUUUUCAUGUUAAGAAUCAGGUUCCUAGGUUGUCUUUUCGUUGGUGUGAAUCAACAGGAAGAGAGUAAAAAAAAAAAAGUUAUGCCAAAGUCGAUCCUUUAUGACAUUUACACCUUCGCUUAUAAAGCUAAAUUUCAUGCAGACCUCAUUUUGUUUAUGGAGAAACUACUGAGACCAGACUCUGGGUGUGUAACUCAGAACGUACUCAGCAUCCAGCUGUUCUCCGGUUCGGUCGUGGUCUCAACGUCCACUGGAAACUUUUCAGAAGCGGAGCGGACACAUUUACUACAUAGUUUAGUCGUCUCAACGACAUCUUUCAUGUUUCACAGCAAAAAUACAGCAGCACAUUUACCACCUGAUAUUUUUGGAUGAAAAUAAUGGAGAGAAAGCGCUCCAGGGUCUGAAAUAAUCUGACCAGCUAGGUGUGAAAACACUCCAGGCCUGUUGUCGACAUUCGCUCACUGCUCAGGCUUCCUGCGGAGAUCAUGGACAUAAACUGGAGGGAUGAAGGUAGAAGAAGGGCAACACCUGGGGAAGUAAUGUAUGAGGACGAUGGAAAAAGAGAGAGCGAGAGAAUAUUUGUGUUUAGUAAAGGAUGAUGUGAGGGAGAGGAGUGCGUUCAGUCAUUCCUCUUAAUUUAUUUCAUUAUACGGUACGAAGAAGCUGUUCACUGAAGGCAGCAGACUGAAGCGUCUCGCUGCCAUAAGUUACAUAGUGUUUAAGUGAAAAAGGUUAUUAAUGGUCCUGACUGUGUCUUGUUUUUUUAAAAUGUACUUCUCAGAGUUAACAACAGUUUAGUGUAGCAAAGGUGUUUUUUCCUUCCGAAUGGUGUGAAGGGUAGAGAAGAUGAUGCUAAUCUGAAGCUGAAGAGGAGCAGAUGCUGCAGAUCUGUCCGCUUUUGUUGGUACCAGCUCUAUGUUCUCAUUUUUCGUGUUUCUAAAGACCACAGUGUUGUACAUUUCAGUCGGAAAAGAUAAUUAAGUGAUUUCGUAUUGCACCUCCAUAAAGUUA